AUGGUCAACCAGAUGACAAAAGCUGGCUUCAUCAACACUCAGGUCGUCGCAAAGAAGAUUCCAAUUGGACCAUGGUCAAAAGGCCCAAUGCUAAAAGAGUCUGGGAAAUUUGGUCUGAUCGCACCUUAUAACGCUGUGUAUGGCAUGGGUGUCGGCUGUUUAAGGAUGUGCUGGGAUGGAACGAGCGCUGCAGGUUUUUCUAGCAGGGUUUCGGAAGGAGUUGAGGACGAAGUCGGUCCACGGCUAUUGGUCAGCGUGCGUGACCCCGACUCUUCCAGCGGACAAACGCUAAUUGCUGCAGAUACAUCGUGA